UAUGCUCUGUUUUGCUUCGCCGACGUCGUCGCCGCGCCGAACGGUUUACCCUCCCAAAGAUUACCGUGCCUGACUCUUUGCAGGGGAAGAACAACCACGAUGUCCUGGGCUGAAUCGCAUAUUGAUUAUUGUGAAUCCCAUGGUCUUCAUCCUGGUUCUUAUUUUGGGGACUAUGGUGCUUGUGGGGACUAUGAUGAUUAUGGGGACUAUGAUGAUUAUGGGGACUACAAUGAUCAUGAUGACUAUGAUUAUGAAAGCCAUGAUUAUGAUGAUUAUGAAAAUGCUGACUACGGAGGAUCCCAAAGUGACCAUGACUGUGAUCCUGCUGAUGACGUAAGAAAGGACGACGGAAAAUCCUAUAACUCCCGACGCUUUCGACAGGCUGCCCACAGUCAUCAGCUCCUUGCUGAGCUUGCCAGUCAACGUGAGACCGGUGAAUUCGUUGAUGUUGUAGUGAAGGUAGAAAACAGGAGGUUUCCUUGUCAUCGUGCCGUGUUGGCCUCCACACCGUACUUCAAAGCCAUGUUCUCCUCAAAACUCGCCGAACGGAAGUCAAGGGUGGUGCGACUGCGCGGGAUAACCCCAAACAGCUUCUCCAAGAUCCUGGACUUCUUGUAUACGGGAGAGAUUUGCAUCUGUGAAGACGAUGUACAAGACAUUCUGCAGGCAUCACACAUGCUGCAGUUUGACAAGAUCUCCGAAUAUUGCCGUGAGUUCAUCCAAAGCAACCUCUGCCCUUCAAACUGUGUCGGUGUCAUGCAGCUUGCCGAUAUGUACGGAUUUUCCGCACUGGAAAAGCAAGCAACGUCCCUGGCAGUGUCACAUUUUAGACAGGUCAGACAAGGUGAAGAGUUUUUGACCCUUUCAACGCAGAAUCUGUUGCGUCUUCUCAUUAACGAGGAGCUGCCAGUUGGCGACGAAGCGGACGUUGUCACUUCUGUAAUACGGUGGCUCGACCAUGAUCCCGAAGGUCGCAAGACAGCAGUGGCGCGGAUUUUGCGAACAAUUCACUUAUCAUGUGUCAAGGUCAGAGUGCUAGAGAUACUAGAGUCUCACCCUGUUGUACGACAGUCUUCUGAAUGUCUGGCAAGCAUCAGAGCAGCCAAGGAAGAACAUCUCCGCGGUGCACAGGAACUGCAGGCAGAAGGAGGUGCGACCGAGGAAGUUAUAAACCUCCUCGGUAUGACUAGAAGUAGACUCAGAAUCGGUUUAUCGGACGACUUGGCAAUAAUUGUCGGUGGUUGGAAAGAUGUCACGAAAGAACAGUCUAGUGAUGAAGCGUACACACAACCGAUGCCGCUGCAAAGUAUAAUUUGCUUCGACCCCGACACUGAGCAGUGCUACCACAUCACAGACCUACCUACGACUGCUCCUGGGUACAUGAGUGUCACGCGUGCAGGAAGACGCCUGUACGUGACCGGCGGACGCGCCCAUCCUCUGCAUCUCGUCGGUGACGGUGAUGUUCCUCAUACUGAAACAUCCAGACAAGCCUUUCAGUAUGACGUCCCAACAGACACCUGGACGAAGCUACCCGACAUGCCUGGCGGCAGGGCAGGACAUCAGUCCGCGGUCGUUGACGGGAAACUCUUCCUAGUUGGGGGUGACGUUGAAGAUACGUCUCAAAUGUGCAUGGAUUGCUUCGACCUUGAAAAGGGGCUUUGGACAACACCGGUUACGCUACCAACAAUAGACACAUGGUCAGACUUAACGGUGACAGCCUUUGGGGGUAGCCUUGUUCUCUUGCAGGUGUUAAAGAACACAAUAAAACGUCGGGAAGUUAAACCAGGCUAUCUCUCCUACGGGUUGUCGGGCUAUGAUUAUUCAGGGUUGAAAUCCAGAAAGGUCUGCGUGCACGCCUUUAACGUUGAAACAGGUAACUGGACGUAUACCUGCUCGGACUGCGACGCACAACCACACACGAGAGUCACACCCCUGACAACCGUUGUGGAAGACAAUUUGUAUAUCCUAUUAUCUGAAGAUCACAGCCGCUAUAACAAUGUGUUCACCUACCAUGCCCAAACAGCUACCCUAUCAAAGGUUUCCAUCCCUUUCGGAUUACAAUGGAACUACCUAAGUGCAUAUGGUUGGCGCAAGUCUGGAUUUGAACUGGAUGAGGACUUCAUAAACGUGAUAGACAGCUACAGGGUUGACACAGAUGACAGGAUUAGGGGAGCGCGGAGAGGCACAUUCCUGCCCUUUGGCGUGUUUGGUCACUGCUUUCUUGACACCAAAAAGAGUAGCUUUGGGUGGUACUGUAGGGACUUUGCAAAAAUGAAGAACAAGAAAGAUGGAGCAGAUUGAGGUGGUAAUCUUAACCUCCGUUUGACUUCAUGGUAGUUAUGUUUUACCUUCGUAG